AUGACACAGUUCGGGAAGCUUCUAAUUGAGGUUCACUAUCGCACAGUGGUCAUCAUGAAUGGCCCACUUCCAUCCGCAACAGAGACAAGAACAACUCAAUACCCUCUCGAUCGUCUCAUGGUGUUUAGUUUGUCCCGACAAGAACUCGAAAAAGUAAUACCAAAGUAUUACGACAUGAGUGUUCUUUCAAAGAACAAAACAAAUGAAUUAUAUGAAAAAAUGGAAAAUCGGUUGACUUUGCCGAUUCGAUGGGAUUCUCUAAUUGUGGAGGCCAUCAUCUCAAAGGUGAUGGACAUAGACACACGCAAAAGCAGUAAUAGUCCAAGAGAUUAUAAUUCUGCACAAGAUGUCCAAGCAAAAGAGAAAAUCGUCAACAAAAUGCUAUCGAGAACAUUUGCCAAACUCAAGGUAGACGAGAUGGUUGCAAAAUAUCAAAUCCUCCGAUAUGCACUCCUUGACCCAGAUCUGAAUCCAAUUGGCUGUUGCCACUCUUAUAAAACCGCCUUUGCCAACUCCAUUUGCAAUAAUGAUGGUGAUAUCGGUGAAGGGUACCAAGCUCUCAAACUAAUAUUUUCAUCUCAACCAUUAAAAGAUCAUAAUUUGGAAUGUGAAAAGAAAAGGUUAAAAUUAAAAGAGGAAAGAGAGGCCAAGCAAAAUCAAGAGCCAGCCAUUCCCAAGGAAAAAAAAAAGAAGAAACAGUUUUUGGGUGACAAAAGGCCUGAAAACUUUGAUGAAAUCAAUUUUGAUGGAUCUGUUUAUUCAAUAUCAAAUUUGGCCACAGAUUUAGAGAUUGAUAGCAAAAAUGUAAAGAAAUUAAAGGUUGAAGAACAUAUAUCUGGUGAUUAUUUACAAUCUGAACUCUCAUCAAAUUUGGAAGCGUUGAUCCAAUCAUCAACAUCAAUAAGUGCCUGGAGUGGAGAGGACAAUUCAAUCGAUUUUUCAAAGUUGACAAAAGAUCAAUAUCCAUCUUUAAUGGAUUUUUGUGAAUCAAAUGGAUACAAGUUUCCAAAAGGAUAUGACCCUACAGGAUUGAAAUCCCUCAUGACGUCCGAUUUGGAGACGAUAAAAACUACUCCUUUCGCAUUGAAUAGCUUUGCACCACAAGCAAAAUUCAACAGUACUUUUAUCCCAUUCUCGAUAGAGUUGUUUGUCAGUAUAAUCGUCAACUCUGGAAUAGAUAUGUCCCUUGGUUUGACCGACAAACACAAAAUAUUAAGGUAUAUUUCAAAAAUAUUACCUAAUUUGGAAAAAGAAAUUGGUCAUCCAUUGGAAAGUGGCUAUCCAUUGGAUAGAUUUAAGUUUUUCGACAAGGAAAUUGAGAUCCUCAAAGCUUCGCACUUGGCUUCUUUUCCUUCAUCGUCAGAUGUAACAAUAUCACCAUCCUCUUCGUCUGAUGUAACAACAUCACCAUCCUCUUUGUCUGAUGUAACAAUAUCACCAUCCUCUUCGUCUGAUACAACAACAUCACCAUCCUCUUCGUCUGAUACAACUACAUCUCCAUCCUCAUCAUCAAAAAAAAAAAGAGGUAGAACUCGUAGUGAGAUUGUGGAUAUAAAGUUAGAAAAAUUCCCUGAUUUUAAAGAUUUUAAAUUGGAGGAUCUUAAUCGACAAUUGGAACUUAGAGAUAUCGAAUCCCCAAACAUUGAUACACAAGUCCAAGAAGAGGAAAAUAUUAAAAGAUUGAAAUUGGUUUUAUGGCAAGACAUGAAGACUUUGACUACAGCAAAUCCAGUCAAGUUAGCAUUUUAA